AAAAUAUUAUAUAUGGACUAUUUAAAACAAACUAAUAAAACAAGGGGCUUUUCCGAAAUCUUUGCUCUUUUAGACAUAAACUCCUCAAGUUUCAAGACUUCUGUCUUCUCACCGGAGCGCGUGAUCCACACUACCCAACAUACAAAAGACCCCGUUUUUGAUCGAAAACGAUCUCCGAUGGCGAUUGUCUACGCAGUCGUGGCAAGGGCCACGGUGGUAUUAGCAGAAUUCAGCGCCGUCACGGGAAACACAGGCGCCGUGGUACGACGAAUCCUCGAGAAACUUUCACCGGAAACAGCAGACGAAAGACUCUGUUUCUCCCAAGACCGUUACAUCUUCCACAUCCUCAGAUCCGAUGGACUUACCUUUCUCUGUAUGGCCAACGAUACCUUUGGAAGGAGGAUUCCGUUUUCGUAUUUGGAAGAUAUUCAAAUGAGGUUCAUGAAAAACUAUGGUAAGGUGGCGCGUUAUGCUCCAGCGUACGCGAUGAAUGAUGAGUUCUCUAGGGUUUUGCAUCAGCAGAUGGAGUUUUUCUCUAGUAAUCAAAGUGUUGAUACUCUGAAUCGUGUGAGAGGAGAAGUCAGUGAGAUUCGAGCGGUGAUGGUGGAGAAUAUUGAGAAGAUAAUGGAGAGAGGUGAUAGGAUUGAGCUUCUUGUUGAUAAAACAGCAACGAUGCAAGAUAAUGCGUUUCAUUUUAGGAAACAAUCUAAGCGUUUACGUCGAGCUCUUUGGAUGAAGAACGCUAAGCUCUUGGUAAUGUUGACGUGUUUGAUAGUUCUGGUGCUGUACAUAAUGAUUGCAUCUUUCUGUGGAGGCAUCACUUUACCCUCCUGCAGAUCUUAAUCUUUGAGGCUCUCUCUCGAAGUCUUGAUUUUUGUCAUGAGAAGGACAGUGAGUUUGAGGUUACAUGGCAUGGUCUUCCUCGCUUAUGUAACACUCUUGUAAAUGACAAAAAUGAUAUAUAUUUUUUUCAUAAAACACUGGUCCUUCUCUUUUAGAGUUUGGUCACUUGAGUGAGGUUUUGUUCAGUAUUUCCAAUAAUGUUUCCAGUUUGUCUUUAUGAAUUUUGCACCUGUAAUGUACAACCACAUACAUAAGCUCUCUUUAUGUUGCAAGUUCU